AUGGACGGCUCGCGCUGGUGGCUGCACGUCCAGGCCGUGUUCUGGCGCUGUCUGAUGUCGAUUGGCAUGUUCCUGCACACCACCGGCUUCACGUCGUGGCCGCCCGGCCACUGCUUCGUGCGCCGCAUACCCUUCGACAACAAGGCCCGCAAGGUCAAUCUCUACUUCUACUGCCCGCCAGCCUACUACAGACACCUAGCGACGCGCACCGGCCGCCCGCUGCCUGUCGUCGUCAAUUUCCACGGCGGCGGCUUCACCCUGGGCUCGGCCACCGACGACUCGUACUGGGCCCAAUGUGUGCUCCAAGAAACAGAAGCAGUCUUCGUCAGUGUCGACUAUCGCCGCGCUCCCGAACACCCCUUCCCCGCUGCCGUCGAUGACUGCGUUGAUGCCCUCCUCUAUCUCGCCGCCCAUGCCGGCGAACUGGGCAUAGACGCCUCGCGCAUUGUGGUGACGGGCUUCUCGGCGGGCGGCAACCUCGCCAUCACAGUGCCUUUGCGUCUUCAACACCGCAUCCAGACCGACGCCGGCAGCGAUAUUAUCGACAUCAGCCCGCUCGACUCGACCCAGAACCUCGUCAACGGCCAGAACAACCUCCAAAUCCUGGCCAGUUUCGCCUGGUACCCGCUCCUCGACUUUGUCGCCUCGCGCGAGCAUCGCCGCGCCGCCAGCGUGAUUCCAGGGAAGACCAUGCCUGCAUUUUUCACCAACCUGUUCGACGAGUCCUACCUACCAGACGUGGACCAGCGUUCCUCCCCGUUUGCGUCGCCCGAAAGAGCACCUGACGAUAUGCUCAACGACGGCCUGCCGCAGCAUGUCUUCUUGUAUACGUGUGAAUGGGACAUGCUGCUUAACGAGGGCCAGCGGUUUGUACGGCGGCUCAAGGGCAUGGGCAAGAAAGUGCGCGCGAUGAUGGUCGAGAAGGCGCCUCAUGCGUGGGACAAGUCGCCCAAUCCGUUCCGCGACCAGGCUAAGAUCAACGUCAUCUACCGGGCAGCGUGCGCUGAGAUGAAGGCUAUUUUCGACCAGCACUGA